AUGCUUCUUGAUCUCGGUACCACCCUUAACGAGACCGUCAAGGAAGCCUUUUUGGAGGCUGCAGAAGCUAGGCACGAAUUGGUGGUUCAACUUCUCAUCGUACAUAGUAUUGAUCUGUCUUUCAGAGAUUCAAGCGGAUAUACAGCGCUGCACCGAGCCGUUCUAGGGAGUCAUAUUAAAGUUCUUGAACUUGUUCUCAAUACGGAGGCUGAUAGGUCUGCCAGGGACAACGAGGGAAAGACGGCAUUGCAUCUUGCUACCCAGGAGGGCGAGGAUGAAAUUGCCAAGGUCCUUUUGGGAAAAAGUGAAAUAAGGAAUCUUCAAGAUUAUAAUGGCUGGACGGCUCUGCAUUGGGCGGUUGAAAACGAACAUGAAAGCACCGUCCGGACCCUAUUAGAUGCUGGUGUUGACCCUGGUAUUGAUUCCUUCGACGCAUGCACGCCGCUUGAUUUAGCAGAAGUUGGGGGCCUAGAAACGAUGGAGCAGAUGCUACGAGAGGCAUUAGCAUAG